AUGGCAAGCUUGCACCUUGGCGCUGCUUUGUUGAUCAACGAAUCUUGGGUCGUUUUCGGUUUCAAAAAUAAACGGUUUAGACGAGUUGCAGAGAGAUGGAGGUUUCGUGUUCAACAUAUGUCAGUGAAGGAACAGAUGACCAAACACGACCUAGUUCGUUUUGCUAAAAGAAGUGAGUCCUUAAGAUAUAUUCUAAAGCAAUAUGGAGUAUCAGUAGAAAACCCUCAAGAAAAUAAGGCUAGUAGCAUCAAUUUUGAAGAGACGCAUGCCAAUGUUCCUUCUACUGUCAUAUAUGACUCAUCUAAGAUGAAUACCACUGAGGAGCUACCUGAUUUACCUCGAAAAGAGAAAUAUCGUGAGACUAUUAGCACCGCAGAGAAUCUUUCAGGGAAAAAUCACCACAAUAUACCCCAUUUAAACACAGGUGCUUUGUUCACUAAUCUGCUUCCUGUUCUUGGGUUCUGCAUCAUAUGCGUAAUUGGGACGGUACACAGAAUAAUAUCACGAAACUUAGAGAAGUUGGGUGGAAGAAAAGAAUCACAAGGUCAUCACCAUGGCUCUGAAGAAAGAACAAGGUGGAGAAGUGCGUUGAGUGAUUGGAAUGAGCCACUUGCUUCUGAUGAACAUGAUUCGUCGCCAGAAAACAGAGUCGGUUCAGCGAAUCAGGAAGCUAUGGAAGAAGUGGAUGAAGCAUAUAACAGAGUGGAGCUUGAGUACAAGAGAUUUCUAUCGGAAUGUGGAGUGAGUGAAUCUUAG